AGCUUUUUAGAGCCAUUUCUUGAGGAAUUGAGUGUGUUCUUGAUCUAAAUUAGUUUACUCAUAUUCUACUCUUUAAGAGAGUUUUUGUUCUUGAGUGGUUAAGUGUUGUGAACACUUUAAGGGAGCUUUACAUUGCAUCAUUCCAUAAACUUUUUACAUAGCUUUUUAGAGCCAUUUCUUGAGGAAUUGAGUGUGUUCUUGAUCUAAAUUAGUUUACUCAUAUUCUACUCUUUAAGAGAGUUUUUGUUCUUGAGUGGUUAAGUGUUGUGAACACUUUAAGGGAGGGAUUGCAUCAAGCUAGAUAUAAACAGAAGGCCCGGAUAGGAACAUGUUCCAAUUGGUACAGAAUCUAAAGAAACUUAAACACCCACUCAAGGGGUUGCAUCAAGCUAGAUAUAAAGGUAUUCAUCAGAAGGUGGAUGAUGUUAGAGAGGAGUUAUUAGAUAUCCAGAAGGAGAUGCAGAUUUAUCCUUUGUCAAAUGAAUUAUUUGAGAAGGAAAGAGCAACUACCAGGAGAUUACAACAGGUAAUAAAGGAUUCCCACAGUAUGAAACUGCAGCAAAGUAAACAGGAGUGGCUGACAGAGGGAGACAAAGGUUCCAAAAUUUUCUUUGCUUGGAUUAAGAAGAGAAGGCUACAGAACCAAUUGCUGAACAUCAGCACAGAUAAGGGUGAGAUCAUUGAAGGAACUGAGAGGAUAGCUAAAAUGGAUACAAUAGUGGCUUCUUCAAGAACCAGUGGAAUGUGGAAACCGGAUGUUGAUUCUCCAAACCUUGCACAGUGGGAACGCUGUGAUAAUAUGGUGUUCAGUUGGAUUCUUCAUUCAAUUCAACCAGAUCUUGCAGAAGCUUUUCUGUACGCUUCAUCUUCUGCAGAAUUGUGGAAGGAGCUGGAAGAGAGGUUCAGACAGAGCAACGGACCUCUGAAGUCUGAUCUAUCAACUGGAGAAGAAGAUUGCUGAUCUUCAACAGAACAAUGAAUCUGUUGGAAGCUAUUUCACAAAACUGAAGAAAUGCUGGGAUGAAAUGGGCAACAUCAAUGAUCCACCAACAUGUGAAUGUGGCGGAUGCGUUUGUGGAGCCAAGAAGAAAGCAAUUGAAGCUGAACAAAGGAGAAAGUUAAUCAAGUUUUUGAUGGGGCUAAAUGAUAGCCUUGAUACUCCAAGGGGGCAGAUAUUGCUGAUGGAACCUCUUCCUACUGCAAGUAAAGCUUGUAGUCUGGU